AUGAAGGUGCAGAGAAGGACGAAGAUGAUGACGGCGACCCCACCUACCAAGGCGAUAAUCAAGGGAAGGGCUGUUGGGGGAGGCGAGCUGGUUGUUGUGGGUGGGGAAGUACUUGUUCUUGAGAAUGGAGUAGGUGAAUUCGUAGAACCAUCAUUCGCGAGCACUCUUUUGCUUCAUCAGAGCACAUAUGGGAUUGCGUCUAUUGGAAAUUGCCCUUCUAUUUUGGGUGAACACGGUUACUCCACAACAUUGGGUCCUGGCACAUUGGGCUCUGACGCGGGCGGAUUCGUGAUUUGGGCGACCAUGUCAUUGAUGGAGGAAACCGAGCGAGUGUUGUACUUGAUUGUUUUCGGUCUUUUGAACAGUCUACUAAAUGAAUGGAUGGCGAUCUGGAUUCUACACCAGCCUGCCACGCGAUCAGGUGUCCUUGGUCGCCGUUCGGACAUCGCGUUACUGCAUAUGCGGGAUUUGGGUCUCGGUGAUACUGGCACUGGCCUGCCUGACAUACCUCAUCGUCACUGGCGCACUCUGUUUACGUCUUCCGUCACUCAGGCCCUCGACCACCAAGGCGCCUUAUGCCCUAUUGCUAGGACUUGGACUCGUCAUACAUCUACUCUAUUACGACUCACUCCACUCUUGUUGCUCGCUUGUAUCCUCCUGGCAUUACAUAGCAGGCUGGGGUCGCUAACAGCAGCUCAACCCGAAAACAAACGAAAAAGAUUCCGUUUAGCCAGUCGGACCGUCAGUGACGCCUUGAACGGGCAUCGGGAAGAGACCAAAUACCCUCUCAUCACCGAAAUGGGAGAGCUGCUUCAUGCCAUCAUAUUCACUUGCAUGACGUAUUCUAUCCUACAACUGUCGAGGAGCAUGAAUGGAUAUCUCCUCCUCCCCGAUCAGGUUCUCGUCGUAAUUACCACGCGAAUCGUCCCCCUGUUCAUCGUCCGGUCUAUUUAUUGUCUCAUUGACACCAUCCUCCCGUUGGCCAUCCACCACCGAAUUCGACUGUUCACGCCAUCUAUCGCAACCUCGGCAGAUGGGCUUGUGUGGGUCAUCACAUUUUACACCCUCCUUGCGCUGGCCAAUCCUGCAGCAAAUUGGAUAGGCCGAGAAGCCGCACAUCUCGUUCACGGGAUUCGCCCAGUUGAACCUGCGACCUCUUCUACAGAUGUCGAGAACGGACAAGUCGUAAAUGACCAAGAGCACCACGAGCCCAAUAAAUGGCGCUUUAAACUCCUAUCGCCUUUCCAGAAACAUCACCAGUACGGCUCGACGGAUGUCCGAGAAGGUGACUCACCUGACCAAUCUCAUCACCGGGUACCUGAGGAACGUUAUAAUGGUCCACAAGAUGGGCGGCCUGCACCCCUUCCCGACGUGGCGAUUAUAAACGGUGUAGCAGGAGGGAGAACCCAGGUGUACGCUCAAACCCACCCCAUGGCACCUGCCUGGCUGGUACAAGCGGAAUUAAGGAUGACCCCAUUUCAUGGAUCUCUGGCUCUGGACAGUAAAUUCGAAGUUGGACGGUCAUCUGGUGAUGAACCUGCACUUACCUGCCUCGAGAACCUCCACCACGGCCAUCUUAUCGUCCCCGAGAGCACUAAAAAAGAAAGAUUUAUUAGUCAGAUGUGCAUCAUUUUCAAUAGCGAGCCACCCCGCAAUCUGGACUGGAGAGCAAAAGUUGCCGAUCUAGGGUCUCCCAUUCUUGAAGCUAGGGUCUCCCAUUCCUUCUGGAUUAUGGAAUCGAGUAAAGCAGACAGUCACCCGCCCUCCAAGCAAGAGGACGAGGAGACCAUCUUGCGUGCAAAGAAAAGGUAUUAUCGCCAGUGCCUCUUCAGUCUACUAUGGUGCUUUUUCGCAUUUGGUCUCAAUGACGGUAGUCUUGGGCCACUAAUACCCGCGUACCAACGCUAUUAUCGAUCGGAUCAACUUUUCAAAAGUGAGUCCAAACCCGGCAUUAGUAGAGCUAGUUAUAACCUGGUUCAACUAGUCACCAGCUUUGCGGUGUUUCUUCUCGGCUCUGGGCUCGCUCUCCUCAACGCACAUGGAAAUGGGUUCAUGUCCAUGCUGGAAAACUCGACCGAAAUGGGAUUUGCUCAUGCUUCCUAUGGUGCCGGGGCUCUGGUCUCUCCUCUGAUCGCUACUCAAUUUUCCAAACAUACCGAUAGGAAAUGGGCGUUUCACUACAUGUUCCUUCUCGGAUCUACCCUCAUCAGUCUGAGCUUAAUCCUGUAUACUUUUAAGGGUAAGGGAUAUGACGAUGGUGUCGUAGAACAAGUCGAGAUGAUAGUUCCUCCUACUCUGGCUGAAGAAGAAGUCCGUCGACAGUCCUCUGAAGAGGAGGGAGAAACGACACCAGCACCACCCCCUCCCACCAAUGUCAAAAAGGUUGGAAUGUUUGCGACCGUCAUGAAGCAGAUCCCUAUGCAUUUGAUGGCGUCUUUCGUUUUUGUAUACGUUGGCGUUGAAGUCACCAUUGGAGGAGAGGGGGAGGACCAUCAUCCGGAUACGUCAACUCUGGCUUCUUUGGAGGCGAGUAUGCAGUGGAGUUCCGGAAUAGAUAGGUUGACGCCUUGGUGGCAGGCUUGGCGGCAGGUCGCGUCGUUCUCCUAUGGAUCAAUAAACUCCGGACUGAUCGGUACCGGUAGACUCGAGUUCACGAUAUGGUUCGUGCCUUCACUCAUCGGAAACGCGGUAGCAGUGUCCUUUGUCGGGUUGGUCCUAGGGCCAAUGUACCCCAUCGUCAUGUCCCAGGCAGGCCGCAUCAUUCCGCGCAAGCUACUUCCUGGUUCUAUCGGAUGGAUUUCAGGGUUCGGUGGGACAGGGUCGGCAGCCUUGCCUUUUGUUACGGGAGCCUUGGCGGCCCGGUGGGGCAUUCAAUCCCUACAACCAUUGUGA